UGUACAUUUUUAACCAAAAAAGAUUGACGUCACCUGUGGCAAAUUUAAUACUCUACAUUUAAAUAUCAAAAUGCAACAUUUUCUAUCUAAUAUUGUGUGUUAAUAGCAGGAUGGAGUAGGACUAUUUGUUGGAAGGCGGUAGGAUAUGCGCUAUAGAAGCCUAGCCUGCUCUAUCUUCUUUUUUCCUCUAGUGGAGGCCGUGAUGGGAGCCUGAGAGUCCCGCCGCAGAGACCCAAGAAACGAUGAUUCCCCGGGACCGAACUGUCAAAUCGAAUCGCUGCAGAUCUGUAAAACGUGUAUAGUUCAAUAUACAUUCAAGGUGGAGCCUGUCACUUAUUUUUCCAGAUGUGUUUUUGGCGAUCUUUCGACUAUAAUGUUGGUUCGCUAGGAGGCUUUUGGGUCAGAAAGGAGCCGUAGCUAUUGUCGCUAGCUAGCUUUGCUAGCUAGCUGGUAAGCUAGCGCGCUAGCCGAGUCAGGCGUAAACUGGACACGGGCUCUGGGACCGGUGAAUUUUGCACUUCGCUGUCAAUCACAGCAGCAACAAUUAAGCUAUCCUGUGGGGACCGAGACCGACCUUUUUAAAGCCGUUUCACUCGGGGGAGAAGUGCAUGCAUUGUGUGCGGGACUUCUGCCAGACUGAAUUCGGAAUUGGAAAAAAGUGGGGCCUGCGCUGAGGAGCAGAGCAAGGCCCGUCUUUAUGAUCAGAAGAAACCCUUCUAAUCCCACACAGGACCACCGCUAGCGCCGCUAGCCUGUUCGUCUUUGCGAGGACCUGCAAACAUUCAGCCCUCGCAGCGAUCGACCGACCGACAGCAAAAGCCAUCUCUGGGUUCGAGUUGAAAAAACGGACGACGAACCUUUGAUAACUCUCCUUUUAAUUUUUAAAAUCAUACAGACUCCAGUGCGUUGACACACAAUGGCCGCGAUUAUCAAAGAAAUGGUCAGCCGAAACAAAAGGAGAUACCAGGAGGACGGCUUCGAUCUGGACUUGACGUAUAUAUAUCCAAACAUCAUAGCUAUGGGCUUUCCUGCAGAGAGACUUGAAGGCGUUUACAGAAACAAUAUAGACGAUGUAGUACGGUUUCUUGAUUCGAAACAUAAAAACCAUUAUAAAAUCUACAACCUCUGUGCAGAACGACAUUAUGAUGCUGCCAAAUUUAACUGCAGAGUUGCACAGUAUCCCUUCGAAGACCACAACCCGCCCCAGCUGGAGCUGAUCAAGCCCUUCUGCGAGGACCUGGACCAGUGGCUGAGCGAAGACGACAAUCAUGUGGCCGCCAUCCACUGCAAGGCGGGCAAGGGCCGCACGGGCGUAAUGAUCUGUGCCUACCUGCUGCACCGCGGCAAGUUCGAGGAGGCCCAGGAGGCGCUGGACUUCUACGGCGAGGUCCGGACGAGGGACAAGAAGGGAGUGACGAUCCCGAGCCAGCGACGCUACGUCUACUACUAUAGCUUUCUGCUGAGGAACCACCUGGACUACAAGCCCGUGGCCCUACUCUUCCACAAGAUGGUGUUUGAGACCCUGCCCAUGUACAGCAGCGGCACCUGCAGGGACAGUUCUGUUAAAAACCGGAGCGAGCAGAUCCCGCAGGGCUUCAAGAAAGGGAAUUGGCACUGGGACCCCCAGUUUGUGGUGUACCAGCUCAAGGUGAAGAUCCACACCUCCAACCCUGCUCACACGCGGCGCGAGGACAAGCACAUGAUGUUUGAGUUCCCCCAGCCGCUGCCCGUCUGCGGGGACAUCAAGGUGGAGUUCUUCCACAAACAGAAUAAGAUGAUGAAAAAGGAUAAAAUGUUCCAUUUUUGGGUCAACACCUUUUUCAUCCCGGGGCCGGAGGAGAGCGAGGAGAAGGUGGAGAACGGGACUGUGGGGAACGACCUGGACGGCCUGGUGCCCCAGCAGGCCGGGCUGGGCCUGGGCCAGGUCCCGGUCCCGGUCCCGGUCCCGGUCCCGGUCCAGAUCCCCGCCGUUGCAGCUCCGCUCCCGGGUCCUCUUCAGGGCCUGCUGCAGGGGCCACUCCAGGGCCUGCUGCAGGGUCCGCUCCAGGGAAUAGGUCCCGGUCCGCCCCAGACCGGGGAGCGUCGGGACAGCGAGAGGGACUACCUCAUCCUGGCGCUGACUAAGAAUGACCUAGACAAGGCCAACAAGGAUAAAGCUAACCGAUACUUCUCACCAAACUUCAAGCAGGUGAAGUUGUACUUCACCAAGACGGCGGAGGAGCCGUCGAAUUCUGACGCGAGCACUUCUACGUCGGUCACCCCCGACGUCAGUGACAAUGAGCCGGACCAUUACCGGUACUCCGACACCACAGACUCGGACCCGGAGAAUGAACCUUUUGACGAGGAGCAACACACGCAGAUCACGAAAGUGUGAACGUUUCUGUUUUUUUUGUUUUUGUCUUGUUUUUUAAAACGGGAAGAGAAGAAAAUUGUGUACCGGAGAGAGGAGGAAAAAAGGAAAAAAAACUUGAAUACAAACUGAAAAGAACCAUUUCUCUUUGAGUCCCGAACCUUCCCCGUACGGCAAUAGAUUAUCAUCAUGUCCAAUGCCAAUUUUAGGGAAAUCAAAAGAUGAAUAUCCUGACCAAUAUAUUGUUUUUAUUUUUUAAUUUUUCUCUUUUGGCACGGCCGUGCGAGAUAUUGACACUGUCGCCCCGUGGGAAAAGGUGCUGUAGCUCUAAAAAAAAAAAAACGAAACGUGUUUAUAUAUAAGUAUAUACAUAUGUGUAUGUAUAUACGUAUAUACAUGCAUUAUAUAUAUUAACUUUUUUGUGUCAAAGACAAUGGAAAGAAUACCACAAUCAGGAGACGGGGUGUGUUGAAGUGUGGGAGAAGUAAGAAUGAUAUACUAGGAAUAUGCUGCUCCUUCUCCUGUCUAAACCAAGGCCAGUGCUGCAGUCACUUUUGUUUUCCUCCCACCCCCACUCUCCCCCUUCACCCACCUCACCUUUGACCUCCCACCCCUUACCUUUAACCUCCCUCCUUGCCUUUCUUCCUCUCCUUCCACUCACUCCACUCCCCCCCUCUGUCCCUCCUCCCAUUGAUGGUCACCCAUCUCCAGUGUUGGGGAGUAACGGAAUACAUGUACCGGCGUUGCGUAUUCAGAAUAAAAAUUAUAGCUAACUGUAUUCCGUUAGUUACAAUUUAAAUUGUUGGUAAAUUAGAAUAGUUACAUUGUUGAAAUCAAUGGAUUACAUAAAGAUACUUCUGUUUCAGCAGUUUAUUCGAGCUUUCACACAAACAGCAUUUAGUGCGCCCUAAACGAGUUUGGUCCCUUGGUUCUGUGCGUUGGUGUGAAUGCAACCACCUCACUUCGAUGCGAACCAAAUCAGCCGACCGAGACCUCCCUGAACAGCUGGUCUCCAAACAAACCCUGGUAAGGUUCGCUUGAGAUGUGAAGGCGAACAAACCUCGGUCCGAUCCAGUUCUACAAAGCAUAUGCCUCUUUGGACGUAACGGGCACCCGCUCAGCCGUGCGCAUUAUGGGAAUUAUUGUUUGGUUAGCGGUAACUCCAAAUUGUCGGACCGUCUGGGAAUUUGGACAGACACCCACAUAAAACAUAUGCUGGAAAACACACGUAAAAAUGUCGAUGCAUUUAACACAUUCAGCACCAGGAUGAGGGAGAAGGAGUUCGACCGGUCCACUACUGUAUAAAACAAAUCAAUAUCACGAGUGCAGCCCGCAGAAGAACACCAGAAUAGGCCUGUUUAGUAAGCAGGAUUUGAUGCCGCAUUCCUACACUUAUAAAAUGCAAUACAAUGUGGAAGUAAUCCAAGUGUUCAGAAUAGAAUACUCUUGAGUGAAACGGUAUAAGUUGCAUAUUACAUUUUUGGGUAUGUAAUAUGUAUCCUUCCCAACACUGCCCAUCCCUUGCUCCUCUUAUCUUCCCUCCUUCCUCUCCCCUCUUUCCUCUCCUUCCUCCUCCUCUACUGUGAAUGCUUCUCGUGCUCUUGGCAGGCUGUCCCACGUGACGCGUGGUCACUGCAGUGCAAACUGCAUGCGGGUGGUGGGCUGGGGGGCGGGCGGGGGAGGCGGGAGGGACAGUGGUGGUCAGGGGUCAUAAAGAGGCUGUGAUGAUGUUUCAAAGCAUUGCCAUUCCUUUCCCCCACCCCCACUGUGUAUACGUUUAAAUUAUGCAGAACAAGGCAUCCCCAUGUAAUUGUCAAUGUUUUUUUUAUCAUAAGAUAAUAAAAAAAAAUAUAAUACACAACCGCAGGGAGACAAGUGUUUGCAAUAAUGUCAACACUACAUUUAAAGGACAAUAGUGGUGUGCAUGUAUUGGAAUUGGCGUCCAUCCCUAAUAAAUGUAUGCAAUGUUGUCUUUUCUUAAAGAAAACUGGCCUUGA